AAAAUGAUGUUUGUUACUGUUUAUUUCAAAAAAACGCGUUAAAAUAAAAUGAUUACAGCGCUAUAGAAGUUUAGCGGAAUUACUUUGAACUGUUUGCAAUAGUGGCAUUAUCUAGCGGUAAGUGCUUGAAUCACAAAUUCGGCAUUACAGAUUUCUAUGAAAUAUUGCGCCAUCUUACAAAAAUCACUGACAAUAUGUUGAUACAGAUUUCUGUAAAUACAGAUCUGGGCGUAUUUAAAAUCAGUCAGCCUGUGAAAAACCGAGAUAUUGAAGUGAAGUAUGAGUGGAGUGUUUAUUUUUCCAUAAGUUAAUUAUUAUCACCAUAUUAUCACAAUUAUUAUAAUUGAAUUCUUACAUUAUGGUUCGUAAGGCUCGUUUCGUAUUCCUUCAGUUAGAACAAACAUGGAAGCGCAAGGAUAUAAAGAUGGAGGCGUUGGCUCUCGCCAAGAAACUUGAAGAAUCCGAACGUCUGUCAAAGAAUGACGAAAUCGGCGACAGACCUAGCAAUGGAACAGCUAAAAAUUAUCAGUCAUACCAACACACGAUAGGUUCUAUGAAGCGACAGUUCAGUAUUCAGCCCAAAAAUUUGCAAUUUAAAAUACCCGAAGUCAGUAAAAUGUUCGAUGCGAAGAAAUCAUACAGUAACCGAAAAAAAAUCGUCUCUAAAGUGGGACACAUACUAGCUGUUCAGUCCGUCAAGCAUAUAAUAAGGAACUGCAUGGGGCAGAAACAUGGUGCCGAACAUGCCUGUCAAGAUGUUGGUGAUACUGAUACUGAUGAUAAAUUGCAUAUGUACAAGUUUCUGGACAAGUAUUUGGCAGGAUAUUGUACACAGGAGUUUUAUAAAGACUGGGAGAACAUACCUAAAAUUGAUUAUUCAAAAUUAGUUUGCGAAAGUUUCAAUUAUGUUCGGGAAAAAUCGGAGGUCGUUCAGCUUAAAAUGAAUGAACUUUUGGCUUUUCUUUUUUCUACUGGAUAUCUGUCUUUCGACGUGUUCAAAAUGGGCUUUGAAGAGUUUUUGAAACACGUUGGAGAAAUCGAUCUGUACGAUACAGACGUUUGGCUAUUCAUUGCUAAACAUCUAGCGUUUUUCGUACUAAACGGAGUUAUACCGAUCAAUGGUCUACCUGAUUUGCUGGUCACUUUAGUAGAAGCAGGUGCAGCAGCCGUUAUUUUGAAACAUCUAAUUUCCCUGAUCAUUUCCCACAAAGGAUCCGAUUUUCUCAAGUCGAUGUGGCAACAAUCCGGUUUGAAAUUCACCAACUUCAUGAGCGAAGACAAGGUGCAGAGUUUCAUAUCAGAGAACAAGUUAGAGUUCCUACAGGAAGACAAGAAGAACAUCCGCCUCUCCAAAUUAAACACGCAAACAAAUCCAUAAUAUCCAUGGGCAUUAUGAUCCCUAUCAUAAUCUAUCUAGGCUGAAUUUUGAUGGAAAAAAAUAUUACUUCAUUGUUAUAUCAGCAUUCUUGCAAAUUAUGUAAACAAACUUAUAAUAUACAUGGGCAUUAUGAUCCCUAUCAUAGGGCAUUGUGAUCUAGGCUGAAUUUUGAUAGAAAAAAAAAUAUUACUUCAUCGUUAUGUGGGCAUUCUUGCAAAUUAUGUAAACAAACUCAUGAUAUCCAUUGGCAUUAUGAUCCCUAUUAGAGGGUAUUAUGAUCCCUAUCGUAGGGCAUUAUGAUCUAGGCUGAAUUUUGAUAGAAAAAAAUAUUACUUCAUCGUUAUGUGGGCAUUCUUGCAAAUUAUGUAAACAAACUUAUAAUAUCCAUGAGUAUUAUGAUUCCGAUCAUAGGGCAUCAUGAUCUAUGCUGAAUUUUGAUAGAAAAAAAUAUUACUUCAUUAUGUGGGCAUUAUUUCCAAUUAUGUAAACAAACUCAUAAUAUCCAUGGGCAUUAUGAUCCCUAUCAUAGGGCAUUAUGAUCUAGGCUGAAUUUUGAUGGAAAAAAUAUUACUUCAUCAUUAUGUGGGCAUUAUUUCCAAUUAUGUAAACAAACUCAUAAUAUCCAUGGGCAUUAUGAUCCCUAUCAUAUGGCAUUAUGAUCUAGGAUGAAUUUUGAUGGAAAAAAUAUUACUUCAUUAUGUGAGCAUUCUUGCAAAAUAUGUAAACAAACUCAUAAUAUCUAUGGGCAUUAUGAUCGAGGCUUAAUUUUGAUAUAAAAAUCAUAAUUAUGCGAGCAUUCUUAUUCAAUACGUAAACAAACUCAUAAUAUCCAUGUGCAUUAUGAUCUCUAUUAGAAGGCAUUAUGAUCUAGAUUGAAUCUUGGCAGAUUGAAAAUAUGAUUUGGAUAUUUUAUUUCAUCACUAUGUAGUAUUAUUACUAGGCUACCAAAUACAUAAAAUAAUAGAAUGCCCAUUGGCAUUAUAAUCUCUAUUACGGGGCAUUGUGAUCUAUAAUUCCAUUUACAUUAAAUAUUCACCAAAAAUUUUUAAAUAUUUUUCAUCAAAAAUUAUAAAAGAACUGAAAAAUAAUCAUGAAGUAAAAUUUAUAUACUAUAUACAACACUGCCCAUUGGGCAUUAUCAUAUUAUGUAUUACAUAUACUUAGUACAUAAAUAACUAUUAUACGCUCAUCUGUUUGUAUUCUUAUAUUGUUAAUGAUGUAUUAUAAUAUUUUGUAUAAUGAAUAUAAAGGUACG